AUGGAGGCAGUGUGGGACAACUGCGUGUGUGUCUGCCAGGUGUGUGUAUGCAUUUGGGAUGCAUUUGUAUGUGUGUGCCAGGUUAGUGUAUGUUUGUCAGAGUUGUGCGUGUACUUUCUGCAACUGUCGGUACUCCUUUUCCACUGGAUUCCUCAUUUUGGACUGGCUGUGUUGAUCUGGCAGUGCACGCACAGGAAGAUUCAAUUUGAUGCUAAUCAUGUCUACGAUGAAAACCCCACCUCUAAAAAAUAUUUUAACGGAGCCCUCAAUGACCUCUGCACUUCAGCUAGCAUAUACAAUGGCUGCCAUCUGGUCAACAUGCAGCGCUCGACACCUGUGGAUCCCACAAAGAUUGGUGUUGGACGGGCCAUUGCUGUCCUCACCUCAGGAGGAGAUGCACAAGGUAUGAAUGCUGCCGUCCGUGCCACAGUGAGAGUUGGGAUCUACACUGGCGCUAAAGUCUAUUUUGUGCAUGAGGGAUAUCAAGGCCUAGUCGAUGGUGGAGGUAACAUCCGACCAGCAACUUGGGAGAGUGUAUCAAUGAUGUUGCAACUGGGUGGCACAGUGAUUGGUAGUGCCCGCUGCCAGGACUUCCGCACUAAGGAGGGCAGAGCAAAGGCAGCAUGUAACCUGGUGAAGUUGGGCAUAACAAAUCUGUGUGUAAUUGGUGGAGAUGGCAGCCUAACAGGUGCCAAUGAGUUCCGCAAUGAGUGGAGUGAGCUGCUCCAAAUCCUGCUGAAAGCAGGUAAGAUCACAGCAGAGGAGGCCAAGCGUUCAUCUCAUCUGAACAUCGUUGGAAUGGUUGGAUCCAUAGACAAUGAUUUCUGUGGCACAGACAUGACCAUUGGUACAGAUUCAGCUCUGCACAGGAUCAUGGAAGUAGUGGAUGCCAUAACAACAACAGCUCAGAGUCAUCAAAGAACCUUCAUUUUGGAGGUGAUGGGGAGGAAUUGUGGGUAUUUGGCCUUAGUUACUGCCCUGGCAUGUGGUGCCGACUGGGUUUUUAUUCCUGAAAUGCCUCCAGAUGAAGGCUGGGAAGAUCAUCUAUGCAGAAGACUAACCUAUCAAAGAAGCAUUGGCCAUCGUCUGAAUGUCAUCAUCGUGGCUGAAGGAGCUUUGGAUCGCCAUGGCAAACCCAUCACUUGCGACAUUAUCAAGACCCUGGUCACUAAGAAGCUUGGUUUUGACACACGUGCCACAAUUCUGGGUCACGUGCAGAGAGGAGGAACACCUUCAGCCUUUGACAGAAUCCUGGGCAGUAGGAUGGGUGUGGAGGCUGUGAUGGCAUUGCUGGAGGCCACUCCUGACACUCCAGCAUGUGUGGUCAGUCUGUCUGGGAACAUGGCUGUCCGACUGCCCCUCAUGGAGUGUGUGCAAGUGACUAAAGAGGUGAGCAAAGCUAUGGCAGAGGGCAGGUUCGAGGAAGCCGUCAAGCUCAGGGGAAAGAGUUUUGAGAACAAUUGGAACACAUAUAAGCUCUUAGCCCAUGUGUCCGCCCCUGACUUGAAGAGUAAUAUAAACAUUGCAAUACUGAAUGUGGGAGCUCCGUGUGCAGGAAUGAAUGCUGUUGUCCGUUCAGCGGUUAGGAUUGGAAUCCUUCAAGGACAUAACAUGUUAGCUGUGCAUGACGGCUUCGAGGGACUUGCACAGGGGACUAUUGAACCAAUCUCAUGGGCCUAUGUGGGAGGUUGGACAGGCAAAGGCGGUUCUAAUCUAGGAACCAAAAGGAACCUGCCAGCUAGUAUGAUUGAAGACAUCAGUCUGAAUAUAGCCAAAUUUAACAUUCAUGCCCUGGUUAUCAUAGGUGGGUUUGAGGCAUUUUCUGGAGGUUUGGAAUUAGUGACUGCCAGAGAAAAGUAUGAGGAGUUGUGUAUUCCCCUGGUUGUUAUUCCAGCUACUGUGUCUAAUAAUGUUCCUGGAUCAGACUUCAGUAUUGGAGCUGAUACUGCCCUCAAUACUAUCACAUCAACAUGCGACAGGAUAAAGCAGUCUGCUGCAGGAACAAAGCGCAGGGUUUUCAUCACUGAAACUAUGGGAGGAUUCUGUGGAUAUCUAGCAACUAUGGCAGGACUGGCUGCUGGGGCUGACGCUGCCUAUAUUUAUGAGGAGCCUUUUGGCAUUCAAGAUUUGGAGACAAACGUGGAACAUUUGUUGGAGAAGAUGAAGACCACAGUGAAACGAGGCCUCAUCCUCAGGAAUGAGAAAUGUAAUGCAAACUAUACUACAGAUUUCCUCUUCAACUUGUACUCAGAAGAGGGCAAAGGAGUUUUUGACUGCCGCAAGAAUGUGCUUGGUCACAUGCAGCAGGGUGGAACCCCUACACCAUUUGACAGGACCUUUGGCACAAAAAUGGGUGCUAAAGCAGUGUUGUGGUUGACUGAUAAACUAAAGGAGUGCUACAGACAUGGGCGUAUCUUUGCUAACACACCGGAUUCUGCCUGUGUUCUGGGAUUGAGGAAGAGAUCAAUGGUCUUCCAGUCUCUCUCUGAGCUCAAAGAGAACACUGACUUUGAACAUCGUAUACCAAAGACACAGUGGUGGCUGAAGCUUAGGCCCAUUCUCAAGAUUCUGGCCAAAUACAAGAUCAAUUUGGACACAUCAGAGACUGCUACUAUGGAGCAUGUUAUCAAGAAGAGAGGAGCAGUCUAGGCUGUAUACACACACACACACACACACACACACACACACACACAUGUUGGUGCGGCUAUCCUUAUGAGGACUCUCCAUAGACAUAAUGAUGUUUAUACUGUAUGAACUAUAGAUUCUAUCAACCAAACCCUACCCCUAAACCUAACCCUCACAAAAAAACUUUCUGCAUUUUUACAUUUUCAAUAAAACAUCGUUUAGUAUGUUUUUUAAGCCAUUUGUAUUAUGGAGACACUAGAAAUGUCCUCAUAAACCACAUUUAUAGCAUAAUAUCCUUGUAUUUAGCAGUUUGUAACCUAAAAAAAGUCCUCGUAAACCACCCAAACCCGCCCAAUUACAGUAGGAUAGUGUCAUAAGAUCCACCACAUUCUGUUACAGAAUUUAAAUGACACAAACUCUUUUUUUCAGCAGAAACAUGGAUUCACCCAACCCCCCCCCCCUUUUUUUUUAACAUAUCAUCAUGUCUAAAUUGUGCUCAUUUUUGAAAAAUAAUAAAUAAAUAAAUCUAUUUGCCACAUUAAACAGAAGCUGUAAUUCUAGAUGUUUUCAGUACAUGCUCUGAAUCUCUGUGAUAUACAUUUAUAAAAUAAAAGGAUGUUG